UUUUAAAAUCCCCAUUGCAUUUCUUAACGCUCAAUAUCUCUCUCUAUUUCUCUCUUCGUCUCAGUGAUUGUAUCUGAGAAUUGUUUUGUUUAUUUUGAUCUAUAAUUGAAGUUGUUAUUGUGGUGUUGCUGAGAUCAAAUGGCUGGGAUUUGCUGCGGUGUUGUUGGGGAGAGCGAACCGGCGGUUACGGUCGAUUCGUCUACUCGAGCUUCUCUUAGACGGAGGUUAGAUCUACUCCCUUCGAUCAAAAUAGUUGCUCCUCCGCUUGAGAGCUCACGUAAGCGGCAGAAACGUGAGACACCGUCGGGAAAUCAAGAUCUGGAAUCGAAUGUACGUAGCGAGAGGAACGUGGAGAAGAAGGCGCGAUCAUCACCGGUUAAGAAUUCAAAUUUGAUUCCGAGCUCCGCGACGGAAGCAGAGAGCUGUUUCGUCUCCGAUGCGCCUAAGAUCGGAACGACGUCGGUUUGCGGCAGGAGAAGAGACAUGGAAGACGCCGUCUCGGUUCACCACUCGCUGAUCCACAAAAACUCCGAGAAUCUCCACUUCUACGGCGUUUUCGACGGCCACGGCUGCUCUCACGUCGCGGAGAAGUGCAGGGAGCGUUUGCAUGAGAUUGUCAAGCGGGACGUCGAAGCUAUGGCCGCCGGAGGAGAGGACGAGUGGAAGGAGACGAUGGCGAAGAGCUUCCAGAAGAUGGAUCGAGAAGUUUGCCAGCGAGACUCUAACAACGGUGCGGCGAGUCGGAGCGUGAAGAGCUCGUGCAGAUGCGAAUUGCAGUCUCCUCAGUGCGACGCCGUCGGAUCCACCGCCGUCGUGUCCGUAGUCACGCCGGAGAAGAUCGUCGUCUCUAACUGCGGAGACUCUCGCGCCGUGCUUUGCCGUAACGGAGUGGCCAUCCCUCUCUCUUCGGAUCAUAAGCCGGAUCGACCCGAUGAAUUGAUUCGGAUCCAACAAGCGGGCGGGCGGGUUAUCUACUGGGACGGCGCCAGGGUUCUAGGAGUUCUCGCUAUGUCGAGAGCUAUUGGUGAUAACUACUUAAAACCGUAUGUGAUUCCGGAUCCGGAGGUAGCCGUAACGGAUCGAACCGACGACGACGAGUGCUUGAUCUUAGCGAGUGAUGGACUCUGGGACGUUGUGACGAACGAGACUGCGUGCGGCGUUGCUCGCAUGUGCCUUCAAGGUGCUGCUGCGGCGGAUGGAGGAGACUCUGAUACGGCGCACAACGCGUGUUCGGACGCUGCGUUGCUGUUGACGAAGCUGGCUCUGGCGAGACAGAGCUCCGAUAACGUUAGUGUCGUGGUGGUUGACUUGAGGAAAAGGAGGAGUAAUAAUCAAGUGUCUUGAUUUAGUGAUUUAAUUAGUAGUAGUAUUAGAUUAGAUAAAUUGUUACAUACCUAAUUGUAAUUUUUGUUGAUUUUUAUUAUUUUUCUGUUUUAGUUUUAUCUUGUUUAAGGUUUUUUAAAACAGCUCUUUAUUCAAGCUCGGGAAGAAAAGGAGCUGAUUUAAAAGUUGCGUAUUUUCUUUUAUUUUAGGCAUUAUUAUCAUAUACGUGUAUUUCUCUUUUUCUAAUCAAUUAGAGAUGUAAACAAGUAUUACGUUAA